UCCCUCCACCGUCGGCUGCUCCUGUCUGCAGAGUGAAUACUGUCCAGUCAUUGCGAGGAUCGGCCUCAGCUGCUCCCAGAACCGAACCCCCAGAACCGCACAGUUCGGCCCAAACACACCAUGAAGGAGACAUCCUCCAAGCGGAGAGAGAGGGCGGGCGGCCGGGACAAGUCCAACAAGGAGUCCAAGGAGCAGAAGGAGGCGAAGAGCGCCCCGGAACCGCAGGACGUGGAGAUGCCGGAGGAGGAGGCUGCUAACGCGGCUAAGCAGCCCAAGGAGCUGGACAGCCUGACCCUGGAGGACAUCAAGGAACACGUGAAGCAGAUUGAGAAGGCCGUAUCAGGGAAGGAACCUCGCUUCGUGCUGCGCGCCCUGCGAGCGCUGCCGUCCACCAGCCGCCGCCUCAACACCAACGUUCUCCACAAAGCUCUCACGGGCUUCUUCACCAGCAACGCCUCCACCAGAGAGUUCCUGCUGGGCUUCCUGGAGGAGCCCAUGGAGACGGCGGAAGGAGACAUCCAGUUCCGCCCGAGGACGGGGAAAGCGGCGGCGGCUCCUCUGCUCCCGGAGGUGGAGACGUACCUGCAGCUGCUGCUGGUGAUCCACCUGACCAACACCAAGAGAUACACUGAGGCGCAGAAAGUCUCAGACGAGCUGAUGCAGAAGGUGAGCUCCAAGAACCGCAGAGCUCUGGACCUGGUGGUGGCCAAAUGUUAUUAUUAUCACGCCCGAGUGUACGAGUUCCUGAAGCAGCUGGACACCAUCCGCAGCUUCCUGCACACCCGGCUGCGCACGGCGACGCUGCGGCACGACGCCGACGGUCAGGCCGUGCUGCUCAACCUGCUGCUGAGGAACUACCUGCACUUCAACCUGUACGACCAGGCCGAGAAGCUGGUGUCCAAGUCCGUGUUCCCCGAGCUGGCCAACAACAACGAGUGGGCCAGAUACCUCUACUACACAGGUCGCAUCAAGGCCAUCCAGCUGGAGUACACAGAGGCUCGCAGGACUCUGACCAACGCCCUGAGGAAAGCUCCACAGCACACUGCAGUGGGCUUCAAGCAGACCGUCCACAAGCUGCUGAUUGUGGUGGAGCUGCUGCUGGGAGAGAUUCCCGACAGGCUGCAGUUCAGACAGCCGUCGCUCAAACGCUCCCUGAUGCCGUACUUCCUGCUCACCCAAGCUGUGAGGACCGGGAACCUAGCCAAGUUUAACCAGGUCUUGGAGCAGUUUGGAGAAAAGUUUCAGACCGACGGGACGUACACGCUCAUCAUCCGCCUGCGACACAACGUCAUCAAGACAGGCGUGCGGAUGAUCAGCCUGUCCUACUCUCGGAUCUCUCUGGCCGACAUCGCUCAGAAGCUGCAGCUCGACAGUCCUGAGGACGCCGAGUUCAUCGUUGCCAAGGCGAUCCGUGACGGCGUGAUCGAGGCUAGCAUCAACCACGAGAAGGGCUUCGUCCAAUCAAAGGAGACCAUGGACAUCUAUGGAACCAGAGAGCCUCAGCUGGCGUUCCACCAGAGGAUUUCCUUCUGCCUGGACCUCCACAACAUGUCUGUUAAGGCCAUGAGGUUUCCUCCUAAAGCGUACAACAAGGACCUGGAAUCAGCAGAGGAGCGUCGGGAACGGGAGCAGCAGGAUCUGGAGUUCGCCAAAGAGAUGGCUGAAGACGACGACGACAGCUUCCCAUGAGCCUCUCCCCUGACUUCCUGUUGAAACAGGAAGUAGUAGUGUGUUAACAGAUCCGUUGUUACCCACAAUGCCCCUUGUUCCCUCUCUGUUUCUCCCGUUUCUUGUCCUGCAGCUUUAAACUCUGCUGCGGUUUCUUGUUUGUGAAACGAAUAAAUCCUGUUUUUGUUUAC